GCGCUAGAUUGUUCGGAGGUCCCCAAGUGGCCGAGAGCGAGGGGGCUAGAUGUCCCAGUCGGUGGAAACUGGAGGGGGAGCUGAGUGACGGGACCUGGGUGGGACCUGGAUGAGACUAGAGCUGCCUAAUCCUAACCUUCCCUGGGACCAGAGAGAAACCCUACAGAGGACACCAUGACUGAAGAUAUAUGGGUGGGCUCCUGGAGGCCCCACCACCCUCGGGGGCCCAUCAUGGCCCUAUACACCAGCCCGGGCCCCAAGUACAUGAUCCCAGGAACCACAGGUUUCGUGAAGCACACCCCAACCAAGCCGCGGGCCCCCGCCUACAGCUUCCGUGGGGCCCCCACAAUCUUGGCCGAAAACUACUCCCCCGGGCCCCGCUACAGUGUGAACCCCAAGAUUCUCCGCACGGGCAGGGACAUGGGGCCUGCCUACUCUAUCCUGGGGCGCUACGAGGCCAAGACCAUCGCCACGCCAGGCCCUGGAGAAUAUUCUCCGGAGAAAUCCAUCAAAUAUGUGUUCAACUCAGCGCCCAGCCACUCCAUCUCUGCCAGGACCAAGUCCUUCCGUGUAGACAGCACCCCAGGUCCGGCGGCGUACAUGCUGCCAAUGGUGAUGGGACCGCACACUGUGGGCAAAGUCUCCCAGCCCUCCUUCUCCAUCAAGGGCCGGAGCACCCUGGGCGGAUUCAGCCAGGACCUUCACAAGACCCCAGGCCCUGCUGCGUAUCGCCAGACGGAUAUUCAGGUGGUGAAGUACAAGGCCCCACAGUACACCAUGGCUGCCCGAAUCGAGGCCGUAGGGGACAAGACGAUGAAGCCGGGGCCGGGCGCUCACAGCCCCGAGAAGGUGACGAUGAACAAGCCCACCGCCCCCUUGCUCAGUUUUGGAAUCAAGCAUUCCGACUACAUGACCCCGCUCAUCCUGGACGUGGAGUAGGCCCUCCUCCAAGCCUGGGGGCAAGUUGUUCGGGGCGCCCCCCAGGCUCCAUCAUGAUCCUUCUGCCAACAGAUUUGCCUUUUAUCG